AUGUCUGGUGGAGGUUACAAGCUUUACUAUUUUCCAGUCCGUGCAAGAGGAGAAAUGGACAGAUGGGCUUUUGCAGCUGCUAAAAUUGAUUUCGAGGAUAUUCGAUUGAAUCGGGAAGAGUGGCUCAAGGAAAAAGAGUGUAAGUAGAAGACUGAGGAGAUAAGAAUAAGUUGGUGAAUUCGAAAGACCCAUUGAUUGUUGAUUGAAUUUGGUAGAGUUUUCCGUGAUAACGAAAGUUUUAAGUUGUAUGGAAACUGAAGUUUUUAAAACAGCAGUGACGCGUGCUAUGCACGCAACCGGUAAUGUAUCACGAUCAGUUUUGUGACAGUGAUCUUUGCCUCGUGCGAUUGCAUGAUGUGGGUUUUCAUUUUUACCUUUUGAUAAACGUUUUUUGAACGAUCUUGUUUCCAUCUCCUCCUUGUUGGAACUUUGUGCAUAUUUAAUGAGGUCGAGUUAACGAUUUUUAGAGCUUGACAUCAUGCGUCCACGCGCCCCUAAAAAGUAACAAACUACUUAGUCAUACAUCACGAACUGCUUCGUCAUGCUUGCUUGCUGAGUGUUCAAGCUUCGUUUACUUAAGAUCAAAUAUCACAAUAUAACUAAUACCGUUAAUCGUUUGUUAAGCCCCCCGCUCUAAUAAGUGCCUUCCCCGCCCCCUUUUCAAGGGAAGAAAAUUAAUUACCCCCUUCUCUUUUAAGCCUCCCUCCCCUCCCCUUAUUACUGAUAAAUGUUAGAAUGUAUAAAUCAAUUAUAACUCUAAAACUUCAUUUUGACUAAUCCAGGAUCGGGAUGGUUUAUUCACGUGUUGGAAUGUCGGAUGUGUUUUUGAUCCUCAGCUGCGUAUAUGUAACCUCCAACUUCUUGAAAUUGAGCUUUUCCACUUUGUAUUCUUGUUCUUAAUGGAGGACUUUUACCAUUGUCUUUGCGAAAUUAAAUAAGCCUCCCGUCUCUAUUAAGUCCCCCUCCGCUCAAAUGUGUUUCUCAGCCGCCAUGUAGAUACAGCAUCAUGCAAAAGGCUUGAAAUUCAAGCAUACCCUAUAUAUCUGCUCACAAAAUAAAGAAUCCUUUCAUAGUGAAGAUUUUCAUAAAAAGUAUCAGUUUUUAAGCUGCUCUAAGACUUCCUGCUUUUCCUGCAAGUAAAAGCUCAGAAGGAUCAAUCAUUCUUUAGAAUAAAAACGGAUGAAGUCAUGUGAAAACCAGCCAUAGAAUAUGUAUUUGUUUUUGUGAUUUAUAGCUGGCAGACCUCCACUUGGUCAGAUGCCCUUUAUUGUGACUCCUGAAGGAAAGAUCCUUGCGCAGUCUGGUGCAAUUCUGAAAUACAUCUGCAAAAAAGGA